UGGAGAAUACCAGCAUGUAGAAGAUUGGAACUCCAAAUUUUCCAUCUAUUCAAUUUCCAACUUCUAGUGAAAAACACAUCUUAAAUUGAUUAAAAACUAUGAAUACUAAGCCAACAAACCAAAUCUCAAGCUAAUGAUAAUGUUGGACAUCAUUACAAUUCCCCUUUCCUUUCUGACCUUGUUCCUCUCCAUAUCCAUCUACAUCCUUUUCUCCUACAAUUCUAGGCCACACAAAAGGACACCAUGCCCGCAAUCUUACCCCGUAAUCGGAAACCUUGUAGGUUUCCUCCGUAACCACCGCCGCUUCCAUGAUUGGGUUGCUGACAUGCUUUCUGAGACCCCAUCAUUGACUCUCCAAGUCAACGGUUUCCUCAACCUCUCCCAUGGAAUUGCCACAGCCAAUCCCCUCAAUGUUGAGCACCUCCUCCUCUCCAACUCCCCGAACUACGUCAAAGGCUCUCGCUUUUACAACGUCCUCCACGAGCUCCUUGGCGAUGGGAUCUUCAAUGUUGACGGGCAACUCUGGACCAUCCAACGCAAGAUAGCCAGCCAUGAGUUCAAUACCAAAUCACUCAAGUACUUCAUCACCGAAACCGUCGCAUCUGAAAUCUCAACACGCCUAAUUCCUCUCCUGUCCAAGGCGUGUGAUGAUAACAUAGUUAUUGAUCUACAAGACGUGUUACAAAAGUUUGGUUUUGACAACAUAUGUAAUGUGGCUUUCGGUGUGGAUCCUGCUUGCUUGAGUUCAGAUCAGAAAAGUCAUCAAAACAUGGAAAGCUUGAGCUUUGCCAAAGCUUUUGAUGAGGCUGUUGGGAUUUGUUCAUCAAGGUUUAUGACUCCUCUGCCUCUUGUGUGGAAGGCUAAGCGAUUCCUCAACAUUGGAUCAGAAAAACGACUCAAGGAAAUGCUAAAAGUCAUCAACACUUAUGCCAUGGAUAUUAUAAGGUCCAAAGAGGUAAAAUUGAGCAUUAAUUGUGAUCAACAAGUGCCUAAAGAUCAAGACUUAUUAUCAAGAUUCAUGACCUCACUUUCGAACAUGGAGUUUCAAGACAAAGAGCAAAAGAGAAAGUUCCUUAAAGACAUAGUCAUUAGCUUCAUUCUCGCCGGCAAAGACUCCACAUCCACUGCACUAACUUGGUUCUUCUGGUUGAUCUCUGCUCAUCCACGGUCUGCCAACUUGAUACACAAAGAGUUGUUGGAGGUGGCAAAGACGUCGCCCACACAAAGCUCAUCGAGAACUUUCGGCUAUGAUGAGCUGAAGAAGCUGCACUAUCUUCACGCGGCUCUAUCAGAGGCCUUGAGAUUGUUCCCUCCUGUCCCAAUCAAUUCGAGACUAGUAGUGUCGGAUGAUGUUUUGCCGGACGGGACACAAGUAAGAAAAGGGUGGUUUGCUGAUUACUCUGCCUAUGCAAUGGGGAGGAUGGAGGAGCUGUGGGGCCAGGACUGGAGGGAGUUCAAGCCCGAGAGAUGGUUGGAUGCUGAUCAUGGGGUGUUUCAGCCAUUGGGUCCGUUCCGUUUCCCGGUGUUUCACGGUGGGCCGAGGAUGUGUCUUGGGAAAGAUAUGGCUUAUGUUCAGGUGAAGUCAGUUGCAGCAGCUGUGAUGUGGGAGUUUGAGGUCAUUGCUCUUGAUGGUGGUGGCUGUACUGAGAAUUUGAUUAACCCACCUUAUACAUUGUCCUUAUUGCUUAAAAUGAAGGGCGGAUUUCUUGUUAGGCUGAAGAGAAGAAAGCAACAAUCUAAUACAUAAACUUAGCUGAAUAUUGAUUGCAGCGCACAUGACUUGGGCAACAAGAAAACCAAAAACAAAAAAACAAAAAAGAUCGUCAUUUGAAGGUAUUGGAUCUGAAUCUGUAAUAUAGUAGCUUCUUAUGUUGUGCUAAUGACUGAUAUGUGUCGUUCAUUAGUUUAGUAGUUGAACGCGACUUUGACUAACGGUGACCGUAUCAAUUGAGUCCAACUUAUCAUACUUAUUUUCUUGGUUUGAUCCUUUCAUUCUUAAAACUUUUUUUCUUUGACAAUUUAAUUCUUGAAUUUAUAAAG